AUGUGCUUCUUGACACCGGCUAACCCAAAAGUCAGCUCUAAAGUCAAAUACCAGGAAACCAUCACUCCACCGUCUUUGUCAGAAUGUGAUGGAAGCGUGGUAAGCCUUUUCUGGGAUUCCGGUUUACAUUCCAGAUUCCACAGCAGCUGGUUACGUCACAACUGCCACUGUGCUGACUGUAAACAAGAAGGGAGUGGCCAGAAAUGCCUGGACGCCGCCCACUUGCCGGAUAGGUUGACCAUUUCGGAGGUUGUGCUGAAAGGGGACAAAAUUGAGCUCCGAUGGCGGGAAGAGCCCAAUCACUUUGGUUAUCUCCCCUUACAGUUCCUGAAAGACAACAGUUAUGACGAGUCCACAUUAACACGCAAGCAGGUGGAUAGGAGGCCUCAUGCAUACCAAGAUGAAGGCAUGCCUAGGGUGCGUUUCAGCGACGUAAGAGCCUCGACAGAUGGACUUUUUAGUAUGAUGUCGAUGGUGCAUGAGUUUGGUAUGUGUCUGGUGGAGGACAUGCGCACAGCACGGGGAGGCGCCAUUGAGAGGUUUGACGUUGUCAGCACCCCAGACCCUAUCAACAUCGCCUACAGCUCUGUUCGUCUUGACCUGCAUAUGGAUUUAGCUUAUUACGAGUCACCACCGGGGCUGCAGGUUUUCAACUGUGUCAGGUUUGACAAUUUGGUCGUGGGAGGUGAAAGCAUUUUCCUGGAUGUGUUUCCGCUAAUGGAGGACUUCCGGUCUACCUAUCCCCAAGAGUUUGAGGAUUUGGCCAGAAUUCCGGCUACUUUUCAAAAAAUACACUUCAACAGGGUCCGUCCAGUAUAUAUGACCUACCAAAGACCACAUGUUGCGAUAAAUGCCGACAAAGAGAUUACUGGUGUGUUUUGGUCUCCCGCAUUCGAAGGGCCUUUGUCCGUCCCAGAAAAAGAUGUUGAGCUAUACUAUCGAGCGUAUCCUAUUGGCAAAGGCCAUCAGCGCAUCACCCUUACGGAGAACUAUCCGUCUAAAUCCGGGGAAGCUAUUGUCUUCAACAACAGACGAAUACUACACGGGCGUAAUGAGUUCUCACUCAAUGGCGGCCAAAGACAUUUUGAGGGGUGUUAUAUGAACAUUGACGAGUUCCUGAGUCACUUCCGGUUUCUGUCACAUAGCAAAGGUAGACUAACCUCUGUGAAACGGGUCGGCAAUCAGUGUUGGUUCUGA